AUGGUUAGCGGGUUUAAUGCUGGUUACGUUUUAAAAAUUACGCUUUUUGCGAUUAGCAAAAAGCUAAAAUUGCCUUUUUGCAAGCUGCUUUCCCUCCAACAUUACGAUAAUAAAAAUUAA